AUGGCAGGAAUUAAAAGUGCUACUGAUCAAACGAAUAGUGGUUGUGUUAGAGAUUCUGAUUGUGGAGAAUUUGAUGAUAAUUGCGGCUAUAUGGGUACGUUUUUAUUACUGUAUAAUAUUAGACAAGGGUUAAGAUAAAGUAGAGUUUGUUAAAGUAUAAGCUAAAAUAAGACACUUACUAAAAAUAAUACUGAAUCGUAGGGUUUGGCUUGGGGUAAUGGCUAGAGUAAGGCUAGAGUAACGACUAAAAUUAGACAUAGGUGAGACUAGGGUAGAACUAUUAGAGUAGGGCUAAGAUAAAAUUGCGAUAAAACUAAAGUAGAUUUGGAUAAGACUAAGUUACGGCAAGAAUAAAUAUAGGGAAAGGCUAAUUUAAAGCCAAGGUAAAGCAACGAUAGGACUAGGGCAGAGCUAUAGUAGAACGCGAGGAGAGUAGGGAAAAGCUAAGGCAGAGCUAAGAUACGAUUAAGGUAAAACAAAGGUAGGGGUAGGACAAGGGUAAGGUUAGGUAAAUUUAGGUAGGGUGAACAAAAGAAUUGGAUAAGGGUACUGUAAGGCCAGGAUAGGGAUUGGUUAAAGCUGGGCUAGAAUAUGGCUAGAGCGGGGUUAGGUAAAGCUAGCGUACAGCUAGAUGUUCUACAGCUUUUUAAUUUUCUAGAUACUUCAAGGCCUUCCACCCCAUCUACCAGGCCAAUAUCGUCAAACUCAAGCAAAAUAGAACAUGUUUAUGAAGAAAUUGAAGAAGAUAAACCAACAUCUUCAUGUUGUUUAGUAACAGAAAGUGAUAGAAAUGGAACUUAUAAGUCGAGUGGUAGCAUAAAUUCAAAGUCGAGGACAGACGAAGGUACUCCCACAACAUCAAGACUAGAAAAUGCAGAAGCAUCAUAUCUAGGUACUAGUCCUAAGUUACUAUCUUCUUCUGAUUCUGACCUUCCAAGUCAAUCAAACGAUCGAUCGAUUUCACCAGCUUCAACACGAUCAUCAGCUCUUUUACUAUCUUCGACUAAACCUAUAGAACUAUUCAAAGUUACAUACAAAAAGCUUGUACUAUUAUCAUUGGGUCCAGUACUACUAUCGCUAUUUUUGGUAUUUGCUAUUGGAUUUGGAUACGAUUACAAAAAGUUGUUGAACUACAAGUGGACUUGUGGAGUAAGUUUUUAGUUGCAAAUAAAAAACAAAUUUAGUGCUUAUAAUUUUAAGUUUUUUACGCUUAAAAUUAAGCUUAAAUUAGGUUUUAUUAUAUUAGUUUAUCUAAGCUUAGGUUUAACGGAUUUAAGCUAAAAUUAUUAGACUUGUUUAGUAAACGGACUGAGUAAGAAUAGGCUUAGUAAGCAUAGAAAGCGUAGACUUAUUGUUAGUUAUUAGUAAUAAGCUGAUGCUUUACAAGAUUAGACUUGGUGGGCUUAAGCUUAGUUAGCGUAGAAUUAGUUUAAUAGACGUAGGCUUAUUAACCGUAGGUUUAGUAGGCGCAGGCUUUCUAACUGUGGGGGUAAUAAGCCUAGGAUUAGUAGGCGUACAAUUAGUAAGCUUAGGUUUAUUAGACUUAGUAUUAGUAGGUUUAGGCUUAUUAAGCUUAGUAUUAGUAGGUUUAAGCUUAUUAGGUUAGGCUUAAUAGGCUUAGGCUUAUUAGGUUUAGUAUUAGUAGGCUUAAUAGGCUUAAGGUUAGUAGGCUUAGGCUUAGUAGGCUCAGGCUUAGUAGGCUUAGUAGGCUUAGACUUACUAGGCUUAGGCUUAGUAGGCUGAGGAUUAGUAAACUUAAAACGGGUAGGUGAUAUGAAACUUAAAGAACCUUAAACUAGAAAAAAAAUUGUUUCCCCUUUAAUCGUUCCUUGACCAAUACAAACCCAAGUUUCCAUUAAAAUCCGGAAAAAAAACAAACUGACGUCCUAAGGCUUCAUCCCUCAAAAUAACCUAGAAUCGUCCUAAGACGUAUCCCUUCAAAAUAACCUAAAACGAAGCCCCGUAACUACUUAAGCGUUUAAGAAUGUUCUCCUGCCAUCUCUCUCGAGAAUAAUCAACUUGCCCAUCGAACGAGUCCUCUGGCAUUUUGGAGUGGUUCUACAUGCCGGAUUACGGCCCGUCUACUUGAUUCAGGCGUGUAAGUGACAUUCAUCUCGGCCUGAGAUACGAAUCUUUGACCUACGACUUUAUUUAUUACCCAACGAAUUUGCAUAUGAGUUGGUGGGAAAAUGGGCAAUUUGAAAAUGGAAAUGUAAAACUCGUAAAAGUGCUACGAAAAGAAUUACGUUUAGGCUCAUGAUCAGGCUAAAAUUUAGGCGCAGACUCAGGUUCAUCUUCAAGCUAAAGCUCAGGCUUAGCCUUAUGCUCAGGGUUAGGCUCAGGCUCAGACUCAAGCUCAAGCUCAGGCUUAGACUCAGGCUCAGACUUAAGCUCAGGGGUUAGCUUAAGUUUUAAAUUUAUGUCCGGACCGGGAUUCACACUAAAGCAUAAUCUCAGGCUCAAAAUCUAGGUCAAGCUUGGUCUUAUGCUUAAAAUAAGCUUGAUUACAAAUCUAAAAUCUCUAGACAAAUUAAACUUAUAGUUACAAUCAACCUAAAGUAAAAUUUUUUUAAAUUAAAAUUUAAGUUUUUUCAUUUUCAGACCUAGUUAAUCGUCGAGUACACAGCGCUUUUUCAUAUAAAGGUAUUAUUCGAUUUUUGGCAUUAGCCGGGUUGGUAACCGGCUUUCUAGAGCUUUUAUUUACUGUAGCGUUGACAAUAAUUGGAGAAAGAGAAAACGGAAAUGUACACCUUAUAUUGUUUGUUGGGUUCAUUAUAAACUGCCUGAUCAACUUCAUAACCAGCGCUUUUUGCUUCAGAUGCUCUAAGGAGUUUUAUGAGAAUAAAACAGUAAGUUUUGUUAUUGAAAUGUAAACUUAAGCUUGGUAUUCUUAGGCCUUGGGCUUAGGCUUAGGCUUAGGCUUAAACUUAGGCUUAGGCUUUGGCUUUGGCUUUGGCUUUGGCUUAGGCUUAGGCUUUGGCUUAGGCUUAGGCUUAGUAAACUUAGACUUAAUAGGUUUAAAAAAAUAAACGAAUUUAUGUUACAGUACCACUCUCACUUCAAAACAAGAAUAGUGUUGAUCUUGUUAAUGCUACUCUUUGUUCCUAUGAUCUUAGUAUUUUUCGUACUGUACUGGCAGUACUGUGUUACUAUUGGUAAGUUUGUCACAAAAAAUUGUUUUGUAAAGGCAGUUCUUGCCGUUUUUUGUUUUGUAAAAAAAGUUCUUGCAAUUUUUUGCUUUGUAAAGAAAGUUAUUGCCAUUGUCGUUUCAGCUUACGAAUUCUUCGCUAUAUUUGAGUACAUGACAGUGCUGAUUGUCUACAGCAAUCACAUUAUGAUUCUUCGUGGGCUGCGCAACUACGAAUUUAAAAUCGUCAAGCCUUGA